UGCAGAGCGGGCAGGAGAGCAGAGCAGGCAGGAGAGCAGAGCAGAGACAUGGCAGAAGCGGAGGGUCCGGAUCCGGACGGGGAUCCGGUGACUCCGGCCGCGCGCGCGGCUCGCGCUCCCCGUGUGUCGUUUGGGGAAGCGGCGCAGCCCGCAGUCGGUGUAGUUGGCCAUCUACUGGGUCAACAACCGUCUCUAAAGUUUGACAAGAACAUAAAACAGGCCUUCUACAACACGGGCGCCAUGAUUUUUGUGGCGAUCUGCUGCGGCGCCGCGGUGCUUGUGUACUUCAUCCUCGAGGCUUUCCUGCGGCCGCUGCUCUGGGCCGUGCUGUGCGGGACGUUUCUACACCCGUUCAAGCACUCUCUAGCGCGCGUGGGGCGCUCGUGGCUCAGCGGACUCCGGGCAAGCGGCACGCCCAUCGUGCUGGGGACACUGCUCGUGCCGGUCCGCUGUGUGAACCAUGGUGUAGAGACUCUGGGCGCUCUGCUGCUCGAGCGCCUCAAGAUGUUGCUCGUGAUCGGUGCCGGUGCUCCACUUCUCUACUUCCUUUACCUGUUCUGGAGCGUCAUCGGUAUGCAAGCUGUGCUCGAGCACCUGUGUGACAUCAUAUGCCACGUGCUCGACUGCUUUAACGCCUUGUGGGUUGGAACGUUAGUGGUGGGAUACGUGCUGGCUGUGGCGUUUAAAUGGACCCCAGGUAUGGAGGGUUACCUGCGUGCCAUGUCUGUGCCUGUGUGGAUGGUUCUUUUAUUCUACCUGGUAUCUCUGACGGGAUCCUGGAGAGUCCCCCUGUUUGUGCUGGUGGUCAUUUUGCUCAUUGUCGGCUCUCAGGAGAAAGCACCGGUACCUGGAAAAGGUGAACUGCCAGGACAGGUCCUUUCCUUUGCUGCUAACACUAUCUACAUGGCCAUUACCUGCAGUAACCACCGGCCUGUGGCUGAGAAUGAUAAAGAGAGCAAUGGAGAAACACCAUCUAAAGACGACUCCAAAAUGAGUGACGUGUUCACCAUGCCGCUGCGGCCCCGCCCGGAUUUCCAGAGUCUUGCGCACAAGGAGAAAGCCAGUGAUAUCUAUUUUGUCCUGCUGGUGUGGGCCAUCGUGCUGGUGCAGAUCUGGCUCAACCUCUGGAUCCUGCAGCUGUUGCCCAUCCCCUUUGCUGUUUGGGUAAUUAAGAGGUUGGUGGUGCAUUUUGGGGUGAAGAAUUUCGCAGAGCGGACAUUAGCAGCAUGGUGGGUGGUGCUGGAGAGUUUCAUUAGAGACAGAAAGGAUGCUCUGCUUCCUGGACCAAUCAAAGGACUCACACAGUUUCUACUGCGGGUUGAUACCAAGAUGAUCAUAUGGUUGGAGAAAUCUCUGGAUAAACUUAUCAGCAUCUUCAUCAUCUUUCUCCUGGUCACAGGGACACUCCUCAUGGCACUCUUGCUCACUGCUAUGGUGCAUCAUGAGAGCGCUCAUAUCAUCGAGGUCACCAGUAACCUGAUCAAUGAGACUCUUGUCAACCACCCUGAGUGGGCCAACUGGCUUCCUGAGGCUCGUGUUGUUCAGAAAGCUCUCAACUCUGCAGCCACAAAUGUGUACCAGCAUGGGAGAGAGUGGAUAACGCAAAAGCUCCACAAGAUGCUUGGCGAGAAAGUGAAUAACACAGCAGUGAUAGAGAAGCAGGUUCUGGAGCUGUGGGACCGACUUUAUCACUCAUGGUUUGUCAAGAACGUAACAUACAGUGGACGCCACCGUGGCCAAAAGCAACAUCUGCACAGGCAGAACAGCUGGCUGGGAGAUAUACUGGACUGGCAGGACAUUGCCUCCUUCCUGCAAGACAACAUUGAAACACUGCUUUCGAUUGUUGAGUCUCUGUGGGUCGUGAUGAGCCGGAAUGUCGGUUUGCUGAUCUCCACAACAACCACGCUGCUCACUGUACUGUUCCACAGCGGCACGGCGUUGCUCAACUUUGUUCUCUCACUGGUGAUUUUCCUGACCACACUGUUCUACUUACUGAGCUCCAGUGGUGAGUACUACAAGCCUGUUAAAUGGGUGAUCAGUCUCACACCCCUGUCCCAGCCUGGACCUUCAUCCAACAUCAUCGGCCAGUCUGUGGAGGAGGCCAUUAGAGGUGUGUUUGAUGCGUCUCUAAAGAUGGCAGGAUUUUACGGCCUCUACACGUGGCUCACACACACCAUCUUUGGCAUCAACAUUGUCUUCAUCCCCUCAGCGCUGGCAGCCAUCCUUGGUGCCGUGCCGUUUUUGGGUACGUAUUGGGCAGCGUUACCUGCUGUGCUCGACCUGUGGCUGGCACAAGGUGAAGGUGUUAAAGCUCUGCUGCUGCUCCUCGCACACCUGCUGCCGACCUACUUCGUCGAUACAGCCAUUUACUCGGACAUAUCAGGUGGGGGUCAUCCUUAUCUGACAGGCCUAGCUGUGGCUGGUGGUGCGUACUACUUGGGUUUAGAAGGAGCCAUCAUAGGCCCGAUCCUUCUCUGCAUACUGGUUGUAGCUUCCAACAUCUACAGUGCAAUGCUGAUGAGCCCAAGCAGCAGCCAGCCUACACCAGUGCAGAGCAACUUCCCUCAACACCUGGGCAGGCCGUUCCUGGACUCUCCUCUGCUGCUGAAAAGAUUGACAGAGUGAAAGAAACCCGAGCUGCUUUCCCAGCCGCUCUUCUGCUACGCGGCCCUCAGUCCUCCUGCGAGCCCGAGUCUGGAACUUUCUCCCAAAGGGGGACAGAAGUCUCGUUCACUGAAACUGAACCCUUAGGGCUGCUGAGCUCAGGGUCAGCUCAGGAUCAGUGUUAUAAAAUGCUAUUGAACUCUCACAACAGCAGAUCAUCACGCUCAGUGAUAACACUCAGCUUGCUAAGAGUGCAAUAUUAUUUAAAGCACUAACACCGUAGUGCAAAGUUCAGUUAGCAGGAUUGUGUCUCAUCUAGCGUAGUGGCUACAAACUCAAUUAGCACUCGAUGACUGUUAAUUGUUUACACACUUUACAGAGCUUUGACUAAGACUCACGACUGUGCAGUUUCACCGUGUUUGUUAUUAUAGAUGCAGUUAUUCAUUUCGUUCAUGAUGAUCAAAAUAUUUAAAUAAUAUAAUGUGACAUUUAAUGUGUGGGAUUGCUAUUUUCUGAUUAUUAUUUAAAUGUUAAAGAUCGAUCUCAUUUCGUGCACGUGUGGUUUUGGUUUUUUUCGGUAACACAUCAGAACUCCAUAAUCACUAUUCCUGUGUGUUUGUGAAUGUGGGCCAUGUGUUUAUAUCAUAGUGAGGACCAAAUCCCCACAGUGAUGGAAACAUCUGGCAGUUUUGACCUUUAUGGGUAAAUUUUGCUAGUUCUCACAACUCUUUUUUUUAAAUAACAGCAUCAAAUUUUCAAAGGGGAAAAAAACUAAAAUAUGAAAACCAAAGUUUCCUUUUGGUUUCUGAGCAGAAGUUAGUGUUAUCUUAGCCUUAAUUAGAUCAAUGGAAGGCCCUCAUAUGUAUAUUAACAUUGUGUGUGUGUAUGUGUUAGUGAGCACAAAGUGUGUGUCGACGGUCACAAAACUGUGUGCACCUGGAAUACAAAAUCAUUGAUUCUUUUUUUUUCUUUCUCCGUCCCAUACAUCAGAGUGCAAUUUUUUUCCUGAGUCAUCGCUGGAACUCAUUUUGAUUGACAUGCGUGCUUUUUCCUGCACUGCUUAUUAUUAGCAAAGCUCCUUCUCCUAGCUCUGAGCAACAGCAUCAUUACUCACAGGUGAAGUUUUAGCGAGUGAAGGAGUGGAGAAUAAACUUAAUGUUGGACUUUGAGAGAAACUGCGAGGGGAGAAAAUUCAGAGAGACCAAAGUCGGCUCUACGUUCAUGCGCACAUACUGUAGGUGGACGUUUUCAACUGUAGAGUUCAUGAUAUCUUGAUGGAUAUGUAGCACUAACGGAUAACCUGCUAGUUUUAUUCUCUUCCAAUUGAUUUUAUAGUAGGAUAUUUUUGUCACUCAGGAGGUGAUGGAAUAUGUUUUGAUGGAUUCUACACAAAAUAAGUUUGUGUUGUUUUUUUUUUGUUUUUUUUUUUACAAAGAGUAAGUUAUUGAUUUACGGCCUGG